CGGGCGGGCGGACGGACGAACUUUUGUCUCUCUUAAUAACUUUUCUCGGCAGCGCUGAUUGGGAUUCAUUGGGGCUGGGUAAAACACACACACACACACACAACCCCAGUGAUACGACUCGGACGUUUUCGCGGCGCAAGACGUUUAGAGGUACGUCGUGAUUUCAAGCUGAAGUCCUGGAAAGUUCCCUAAGGCGAUGAAGCUCUGGCCGGCGCUUUGGGCGCUGUUGGCAUUAGUGGCGAAGGUGGAAUCUCCAGCGCUGAGAAUCAACUGUAAUGAUGGAGAAUAUCCAUAUUCUGGACAAUGUUGCAAAAAAUGCCCUGCAGGUACCCACGUUGGUGAACACUGCAGUGCUCCGCAGACGUUGGGAAUUUGUAUGCCCUGCACAGAAGGAGAGGACUACACUAAACAUGAAAAUGCACUUUUGCAAUGCUUAAGUUGUGACGAAUGCAAUUCUGGGUUCAGAAUGGUGAGGCCCUGCACUGUGAAGAGCAACACUGAAUGCCAGUGUAAGGAAGGGUAUUACUGUCCUCCAGGGUAUGAGGAAUGUAUCAGGUGCAAGACCAAGUGUCCUGAAGGGAAGGAGACGGUACGUAAGUGCAGUGCCACCACAGAUAUGGAAUGUGGGCCAGUGCCUGCAGAAUCUACGAAUCCUACACUCAUAUGGGGCUUGACUUCCCCAUUUGUUGUUCUUUUGGUUGUGGUGAUUUCUAUUUGGGGAGUGAGAAAGUGUCGCUCUAAAAAGGAUGAAGAAAAAGACGGCAAAGAUUAUUUGAUACAAUCUGUAGCAGGUAGCAAUCUGAUCCUGAAUUCUAAGCCUGAAGGAUCCACUUCUGAGAGUUGUGAAUCGAGAAAUGAGUUGAUAAAAAAUGCUGAUAGAAGCAACUUGGCGUUGGGCGGCACAGAUGAAGAACCUGGCUUUGCAAUUGCCCCAUCUGCUCCACCACAACAGUCAGAGGAGUCUGCCAUUAGGAAUGUGCAAUCAAAUUUACAGGUGCUGGAAUCCAAUAAACCUCAGCGAGUGAUCGUUAAAAAGUUGUCUUCUGAAAGGGCUGAAAAGCUAAAGAAAAUCUAUUUUGGAUCAAUUAGCAUGGUGCUACCACGUGACCGGAUCUCACAUAUGAGGAAAAGUGGUUUAUCAGAAAAUGACAUUGCCAAAAUAAAAUAUGAUAAUCCUAAUGAUACUGAUGAACAGUAUUAUCAGAUGUUAAAAACUUUACAAGACAGAUUUGGAAUAGACGAUGCAUUAUAUAAAUUAUUAGAUGGCUUAUGGCACAUGAAGCUUAAUGGUAUUUAUGAAAACCUAAUAAAUGAAUUAGUAUGCAAUGAUAUAAUAACACUGGAGACCAAAGACUAAUGUCUUGGUUGUUUUUUGUUUUGUUUUUAAGUACAAAAACAGAAUCUGCAAACUACAGACUGUAGUGGUCUGGCUUUUAUACAUUUUCAUGCAUAUUACUUUUUGCUGAUGAUGUAUAAGCUGAAACAGCUGUUAAAACAAAUAUGGAGACCAGUUUAAUGGAAUGAUGCAUAUUUGUAUAUGUGUGUUUUGUAAGAUCUAAACUGGGCAAUGUAUGUACUUGAACAUCUUUGAAUUACUGUAUUUGAACAUUUGAUGAAGUGAGCUUGGGCAAUGUUCAAAAAUCUCAAUUUCUUUGUCAUCUUUCUUGAGAUAAGGUUUUUUUAAAAAUAUACAUAGUGCCAAGGUGAUGAAAGUUAAAAUAUCAAGGAUUAAAAUUUAAAGUAUAUUUUACCUUGACACUGCUCUCUUAUUAGGAAAAUACCCCUUUAUCAAAUGUACUAUUGUGACCAAACUUCAGUGUAAUACUAUAGGUUUUUACAUGAAUUGCUCAAUGUUUUUAUUAAUGUUCAGCAGGCUGAAACUAGGCAUAAUAGUUUUUGCUUGGAGCCAGAACCCCAAGGACAUCGUCCUGUACAAGCAGAAUCCCAUAUGUAGAGGUGUUCCUGGAGAAGACCUUGGAGUUUGGGCAGUUCUACCUCUGUAUUGGCUAUUUAUGACCACAAAAGACUGGUGGUUUGGGGCAUUUGUUAAAUUCUGUGCUUUUCAAGUGCAAUUCUGAAAUCAUACAAUUUGAUGAUUAUUUUUUUACAAUUUCAAUCACUUUUAUAUUUUGAAAGUAUUUUCUAAUAAAAUACUUAACUGUUAA